ACUAACUUGAAACCGACCUACUCUAUCCAGCGAACAACCGCAGCAUUCCCGUUUAAUUGCAAUAAUCGAAGUUCGUACGGCGGGUUGUGAGUAGCAACUUGCUGACGCUGAUCCAAAGAGCUCCGUUCAUCAUGGCGCUCGACAACUACUACCGCAACAAGAUCGAGAGCAUGAAGCUCGAGAUUAUUCAAGGGCAAGCUGUACUACGACGACUUGAAGCGCAACGCAAUGAUUAUAACUCGCGGGUGCGCCUACUGCGAGAGGAACUAGGCCUACUUCAACAGCCUGGCUCUUACGUUGGAGAGGUGGUGAAAGUCAUGAGCACAAAGAAAGUCUUGGUGAAAGUACAUCCAGAGGGAAAAUAUGUUGUUGACAUCGCGGAUGGCGUUGACAUUGGCAAGCUGACCGUCGGCAAGCGUGUUGCCCUGCUCUCAGAUUCAUACAAACUGGAAAAGAUGCUCCCGUCAUCUGUGGACCCGCUGGUUUCGCUCAUGAUGGUCGAAAAGGUUCCCGACAGUACAUAUGAUAUGAUUGGUGGCCUCGACCAGCAAAUUAAGGAAAUCAAGGAGGUCAUUGAACUUGGCUUGAAACACCCCGAGUUGUUCGAGUCUCUGGGAAUUGCACAACCGAAGGGAGUUCUUCUUUACGGCCCCCCCGGCACCGGAAAGACCCUCCUCGCUCGAGCGGUGGCUCAUCAUACGGACUGCAGGUUUAUCCGUGUUAGCGGAUCAGAGCUUGUACAGAAAUAUAUUGGUGAAGGUAGCCGUAUGGUCCGUGAAUUAUUCGUCAUGGCCCGAGAGCAUGCGCCUAGCAUCAUUUUCAUGGACGAAAUCGACAGCAUUGGGUCCAGCCGGAUAGACUCCGCGGGCUCGGGUGACUCAGAAGUUCAACGUACCAUGCUGGAGCUUCUCAAUCAGUUAGACGGGUUCGAACCGACGAAAAACAUUAAGAUCAUUAUGGCUACAAAUCGACUCGAUAUUCUGGACCCUGCAUUACUGCGCCCCGGAAGAAUUGAUCGCAAGAUCGAGUUUCCACCUCCAUCUGUGGAAGCUCGUGCGGAUAUCCUACGGAUCCAUUCUCGGUCGAUGAACUUGACGCGUGGGAUCAAUCUUACGAAGAUCGCCGAGAAGAUGAACGGAUGCUCGGGAGCCGAACUGAAGGGUGUAUGUACGGAAGCCGGGAUGUACGCCCUUCGAGAGCGGCGAGUACAUGUUACUCAAGAGGACUUUGACUUGGCCACGGCCAAGAUUCUCAACAAACAUGACGACAAGGAGGUAGCUGUGUCGAAGUUGUUCAAGUAGAUGAGCAAACGGAACCCAGGCGGAUGACGAUAUGUAAUACUACUCCUCUGCGGAUUAGCCGCGAUAGUUCUAGGUGCCAGAAUUGUCAAUCUAGUACAGCCGC